CCUCCACAUGUUUAUUUGCAAGCGCCGUGGGUGGGAUAAUGCUGAAAGUUGUAGUUAAACAAACACACGAAGUGUGAGCUUCCAAUGACAGCUCGGGGCUUUCCCAAAAGGCAGGCCGGAAGCGAGGUGCCUCCCACGGUUAGAUCAUGGUUGCCCCCGAGCUGUUACGCGAUUUGUGCCAAAUAAGAAGCCCCGCCGCUCCAGACAUGCAAAGGCACAGCAGCCCCGGGUCACUCCGGUGUAUCAGUGGCAAAUGCAAUCAGGCGGGACAUGCACGCCCUGCUCUCUGCCGAGUUUGAUGAAGGGAGCCCGGUCCAGAACAGGACGGGGCCAUGGAGUGCGAAUAACAGAGACACGGGCCUGUCUUGGAUCCAGCAAACCCGACAGCAGGUGCAGGACUGCCCUAGUCUCACGUUGGUACUGCAGGACCCGGAGCCAGUGCUGGUGCAGGCUGUGCUGCGCUAUUUAGGGCCACCCGGAACUCGCCAUACGUUCUGCUAUGAUGUGUGUCUGUGGGACGGGGCCCAUGGGGAUGUCUGGCAUCUGCACUCCGACCUUAACUACCUCGUCCAGCGCAAUAUUCUGCGCAGCGGGGCCCGGGUCACAAUCAUGCGCUGCUCGUACACAUACAGUGAGAAGAGCCUGGGCAGAGGACUAGUGUGUUUAGACGAGGUGGAGGUUAACGGGGAACUGAGUGCGCUGCCUAAUACACAGCAUCUCCCUGCAGCCGGACAGCUACCACUGCUUGGGGGGAGAAAACAUUAUCUGCCGCUCUGGAAUAACGACGACCCCUAUGGAGACACAUGGAACGGCCCUAAAUUGGCAGGUGAUCAAGUCAGUAUUGAUGUGAGCAAAGUCACUUCAUUACAGCGUCUGGAAUUGCAAUGGAGGACAAGAAAGUCAUUGCUGGUACGGAUUAUGUACAAAUCCAGACUUCGUUAUUUUGGGAAACCAGAAGGAAAAAUUAACAUUCCAUAUCAGGCCUAUUUUGAAGUUGCUGAUUACUCAGGAAUGAUGACAAUGGUUUUGUGGAAUGAACUGUGUCCGGAAUGGUAUAAUACUCUGCAGGUUGGCAAUGUAAUUCUGCUUCAGCAGUACUCUGUCAAGCCGAGUUACCAGAACAGGACAUUUCCAACUCCAGGGGACUCUCAGGUGAAGAGGCUGCCUUCUGUAGAAAUAAGCCUCAAUGCCCGAGAUCCUCCUUCCACUAUUACUGUUAUCAAGGAGAAGUUUGUUAAGCCUGAGUGGGGGUUACCGGAUGUGAAAUAUCGGUUUGUCACAAGAUUGGAACUUAAUGACCUUCCGCAUAACAAAGUCUGUGAUGUGAUCGGUCUUGUCACAUAUGUUGGAAGAUGUGAACGGAAAAGACAGAAAGAUUACAAAGAAGAUUUUUGGGUACAUCGAUGGGUUCAAAUGAUUGACUCAAGUAUGGACCAGCCAUUUCUCAUUGAAAUGUUUGCCACCUCGCAACCUGACAUCUUUGAACAUAUACAUCCAAUGUCCUAUUUGGUGUGUACGCAAAUGAGAGUGGUCCGAAAAUAUCCAGAUGAUGGCUCUUUGACUCCAUAUCUCACAACAUCUAAUGAAAGCCAGGUAUUUAUCACUGGGUAUCACAAAGGCCAACCAUACAUCAAGGAUCCCAAAGUGAAACAUUUUAUAGAAUGGAUGAAAAAACAAAAUGAAGCUGAUUUUAGGAAGAAAACGGUAAUAGGUGGUUAUCAUCCAUAUCCAGUAGUUCCAAAAACCUUCCCAACGUAUUGCAAAGAUAAUACAGCUGGGGAAAUUCUAAAGUUAUUCAGUGAAUUAAAGGAAACCAUUUCACAACUUCAUUACAGAGAGAGAAAACGUGUCGCAAUUCAGGGCACUAUUGCUGCUAUAAAGUAUGUACACUGCAAUGUUUCUGCUGAAGAUUCCACUAAACCUGCAUGCCAGAACUCAGUGCUGCUUCCUUUGCUAGAAAAUUCUGUGUCCAUUUCAAGUGAAGGAGCGUUAGAGAUACAGCAACAGACCCAACAAGUACAGGAAGAAUGCCCUGAUGGGCAACUGCAACUAACAGGAGGGGAACAAGCAUCACAUGAAGACAUUAAUCACCUGAGCCCAAUAAAAAGAAGGAAACUUCAACUUGAAGUCAACCUUUCUUUGCAAGAUAUAAUGCAAGAGAAGACAGCUCAGGAACCUCAGCCCUCUGAAGGAGUUUCUAAUAAAGGCACUGAAUACCACCGGUUCUCUUGGGAAAGUAGUCUAUGGUCAGAAGUAAAGCAUUCCUUAGAAGAACACCUACAUUAUUCCAUUGUAUACUCGGAAAGUAAGCCCUGCAAAUGUAAUUACACUCAAAAGGAAAUCCUUAUGGAGCAAUAUAAUCUUCAUCCUUCCCAAAUUUCAAAACUGCUUCACCCACAAAGGCAAAUUGAGGAGUUUAUGCCGGCCAGUAACCUUGGUCACUUCGAAUUGACUAUACUUGGCAUAAAUCGAAAGGCAGCAAUAGACGUUGUGUCUUUGCCUGUUUUGUGUUCUGAUGACUCAUAUGGAUUGGGAGUGAAUUUUCUUGCCCAAAAUUGCCAGACAGCUUGUGGGUCUGAUCGUUUAUGUGAGAUAGACUUUAUGGAGCAACAUGGGAUUUCACUUCAAGAUGAUGUUUUGCAAUUUGUGAAUGCCAAAGACAGAGCACAUGUCAUUUGCAUCUUGGAUAUCUGUCACCUGGGAGAGAACAGAAUUGAAGUUUACCUCAACAGAGUUUAUAAUCUCACUGGUCCUGAAACAAAACCAACCUCAUAACAUCCGUUUAUUUAAUGUUUUCUUGGAGGACCUAAAGGUGAACUUAUGACUGGGGUCCCAGUACAAUUUUUUGGAUGAUUUUUUUAUAUAAAAUGCAAAUUAUUGUGGAUUAAUUUUUAUGUGUAAAAAAACUUUUUUUAAAUAUUUUUUUUAAUAUUUUAAAACAAUUUGUUUACAUGUACAGUAUAUAUAUUUUUAAGGAUUGUAACACCUUUUCAUACCUGCUGAAAAUAAAUUGCUGCUACAAGUG